AUGAGCGGGGUGUGGGGGGCCGGAGGGCCUCGGUGCCAGGCGGCGCUCGCGGUCCUGGCCUCACUGUGCCGGGCCCGGCCGCCUCCUCUUGGGCUGGACGUAGAGACUUGUCGGAGCUUCGAACUGCAGCCCCCAGAGAGGAGUCCGAGCGCUGCCGACGCAGGCACCUCUGUCAGCCUCCUGGCCUUGGUAGUUAUUGUGUGUGGYGUGGCCCUGGUGGCAGUUUUUCUCUUUCUCUUUUGGAAGCUGUGCUGGAUGCCCUGGAGGAACAAGGAGGCCUCCAGUCCCUCUGCUGCUAACCCUCCUUUGGAGGCCCUCCAGAGUCCCARCUCCAGAGGCAACAUGGCGGACAAGCUGAAGGACCCCAGCACCCUGGGCUUCCUGGAGGCCGCCGUGAAGAUCAGCCACACGUCKCCAGAUAUCCCGGCGGAGGUACAAAUGUCAGUUAAGGAGCACAUCAUGCGUCACACCCGGCUGCAGCGACAGACCACAGAGCCAGCAUCAUCCACCAGGCACACGUCCUUCAAGCGCCACCUGCCACGGCAGAUGCAYGUCUCCAGCGUAGACUAUGGCAAUGAGCUGCCACCUGCGGCGGAACAGCCCACCAGCAUCGGCCGCAUCAAGCCUGAGCUCUACAAGCAGAAGUCAGUGGACGGCGACGAAGCCAAGUCCGAGGCUGCCAAGAGCUGUGGGAAGAUCAACUUUAGCCUACGCUACGACUAYGAGAGUGAGACCCUGAUCGUGCGCAUCCUGAAGGCCUUUGACCUCCCUGCCAAGGACUUUUGUGGAAGCUCUGACCCUUAUGUCAAGAUCUACCUCCUGCCUGACCGUAAAUGCAAGCUGCAGACCCGGGUGCACCGCAAGACCCUGAACCCCACCUUUGAUGAGAACUUCCACUUCCCUGUCCCCUAUGAGGAGCUGGCUGACCGUAAGCUGCAUCUCAGUGUCUUUGACUUUGACCGCUUUUCCCGCCAUGACAUGAUUGGGGAGGUCAUCCUGGACAACCUCUUUGAGGCCUCYGACCUGUCCCGGGAAACCUCCAUCUGGAAGGACAUCCAGUAUGCCACCAGUGAAAGCGUGGACUUGGGAGAGAUCAUGUUCUCCCUCUGCUACCUGCCCACGGCUGGCAGGCUAACCCUCACGGUGAUCAAAUGUCGCAACCUCAAGGCGAUGGACAUCACAGGCUAUUCAGAUCCCUACGUCAAAGUGUCCCUGCUUUGUGAUGGGAGGAGGCUGAAGAAGAAGAAAACAACCAUAAAGAAGAACACUCUCAAUCCUGUCUACAAUGAGGCCAUCAUCUUUGACAUUCCCCCAGAAAACAUGGAUCAAGUCAGCCUGCUCAUCUCAGUGAUGGAUUACGAUCGAGUGGGUCACAAUGAGAUCAUAGGAGUCUGUCGUGUGGGGAUCAAUGCUGAAGGUCUGGGCAGGGACCACUGGAACGAGAUGCUGGCCUACCCACGGAAGCCCAUCGCACACUGGCACUCCUUGGUGGAAGUAAAGAAAUCCUUCAAAGAGUGGCAGGGCAGAGCUGCCAGCUUCGACAGCGAGAGCUCAUGCCCGUCUCCAAAACCACCUCCGACGCCAUGA